AUGAGCAGCGUCGCCAAAUUCCAGAUCCCGUCCGAGGAACAUGCCAGCGAAGCCCACACAGCAGCCAUCUACGCCCUGCAGAUCCGUGGGAAGUAUAUGGUGACCGGCUCAGCAGAUACGACAAUCCGCCGCUGGGACUUGGACACUGGCCGUCUCAUCCCACCAAUCAUCAGAGGACCCGAAAAAAGCAUCGUGUGCCUUCAGUUCGACCAGCGGCCAGAGCACGACGUUCUAAUCGCUGGAGGCGUCGAUGGCGUCUUGAGGAUUUGCAACUUCUCUACGGGAGAGGAGAUUGGGACUGUGGCUAGUGCUCAUGAAGAGACUCUCUUGAGUUUGUCGUUUGAUGAUGGCUACAUUGUUACUGGUGGCAGAAACCAGAAAGUCUGCGUGUGGAAUCGUCGUGAGAUUCGGGACGUAUCUUCGCUACCGCAGUCGUUCCAACAUGUCGCUGGCGAAGAUGGUAUCAUCAAGCCCUUCUCAAAACUUGCCGAGUACGCCGUCAACAACGCCGCCAUCAACGCCGUGCAACUCGCGGGCGACUCCAUCAUCGUCGGCUCUGGCGACCGAACAGUGCACAUCCUAAGCCUCAACACCGGCGCGGUCGUGAAGAAACUCAACACCGCAGCUGGCGUCGCAGACAUGCACCUUAACGGUCGUCUUCUUAUCGCCGCCUGCUCCGACGGCUCGGUCACCGUUUGGGACAUGACCGACGACACUGUGAAAACCCGCAUCGAAGGGCCCCGAACCGUGGCCAGGGCUGUCGACGCCGUAUCCGAUGGCCAGGGCAAUCUUGCGCGAGUGGCGAUCGGAAAGUAUGACGGCACGGUCCAGAUAUACAAAAAGGACUCCACCUCGGAUGCUUGGCUUAUCAUGAACACGUUGGAAUAUGGCGUUCAGCCGGAGCGGAUUUCUGAUGAUAAUCCUUACGUUCACAGCUACGCGGAAGCGGAGAGGGUGUUUGAUGUUGCGUUUCGAGGGGAUCAGGUAUAUUGCUGUGGACAGGGGAAUUUCGUUGUUGGAUGGACCUUGCCUGGAGAUACCUGA